AUGCCAGGGUUAGACCUAAAGGUGGCAGUACACUGCCUGGCAGUGAAAAAGACAUGCCAUCUAGUCAAGCAAGCUCAACGGCGCUUUCGCCCUGAACUUAUUCCCCCGAUUGAAGGAGAAGUCAACAAACUUAUAGAGGCUGGAUUUAUUCGCGAAGUGAAAUAUCCAACUUGGAUAUCCAGCAUUGUGCCCGUGCGCAAGAAGAACGGCCAAAUUCGCGUAUGCGUAGACUUUCGGGACCUUAAUGUUGCAUGUCCGAAAGAUGACUUCCCACUUCCCAUCACAGAGUUGAUGAUAGAUGCCGUAACUGGGCACGAGAUCAUGUCAUUCAUGGAUGGCUCCUCCGGUUACAAUCAAAUUCGCAUGGCGCCGGAAGAUGAGGAGUUGACAGCGUUUCGAACGCCGAAAUGCAUCUAUUGCUACAAAGUGAUGCCCUUUGGUUUGAAAAAUGCAGGUGCUACAUACCAAAGGGCUAUGCAGAAAAUAUUUGAUGAUAUGCUUCAUAAAAUAGUGGAAUGCUAUGUCGAUGAUUUGGUUGUGAAGUCAAAAUGUCGCACAGAUCACUUGGGACACUUAAGGGGCAUCGAGAUCGAACAAGCUAAGAUUGAUGCUAUAAUGAAUAUGCCUGAACCGAGAAAUCUUCACGAGCUUAAAAGCUUACAAGGGAAGUUGGCAUACAUCCGAAGGUUCAUAUCAAAUCUAGCGGGAAGAUGUCAACCCUUUAGCCGGUUAAUGAAGAAAGGCAUCCCGUUUAUAUGGGAUGAAGCCUACAAGAACGCAUUUGAGAGCAUCAAGUCGUACUUAAUGAAGCCGCCCGUGAUAACUGCCCCUAUUCACGGUCGCCCAUUGAUUUUCUAUAUCUCCGCCCAAGAAAGCUCUGUGGGCGCCUUGCUUGCUCAAGAAAAUGACAAUGGGAAAGAGAACGCCCUCUACUAUCUCAGUAGAAUGAUGAGACCAAACGAGUUAAAAUAUUCUCCAAUUGAGAAGCUAUGUUUGGCAAACGAGUUAAAAUAUUCUCCAAUUGAGAAGCUAUGUUUGGCACUUGUGUUCGCCAUUAAAAAGCUUAAGCACUACUUUGAAGCUCAUAUCAUUGCCAUUAAAAAGCUUAAGCACUACUUUGAAGCUCAUAUCAUUCAACUUGUGUCGAAAGCGAACCCAGUAAAGUUUGUUAUGGCGAAGGUCGUUCUCUUUGACCGCCUAGCAAGGUGGUAUUUAUUGUUUCAACAGUUUGAAAUCAUCUAUGUGCCACAAAAGUCUGUCAAGGGGCAAGCUUUAGCCGAUUUCUUAGCAGAUCAUCCAAUACCAGCUGAAUGGGAGUUAUCUGAUGACCUACCUGAUGAGGAUGUGCUUAUCAUUGAAGUCCUACCCCCAUGGAAAAUGUAUUUUGAUAGAGUCGCACAUAGAGGAGGGGCAGGAGCUGGAGUUGUCUUCAUCACCCCGGAAGGUGAAGUGUUGCCAUAUUCAUUCACCUUGACAGAGCAAUGUUCCAACAAUGUUGCCGAAUAUCAAGCAUUGAUACUGGGACUAGAGAUAGCGGUUGACAUGAAACAACUAAGAAUCAACAUUUAUGGAGAUUCAAAGUUGGUCGUCAACCAAGUGAUGGGGCUAUACGAAGUAAGGAAAACAGAGUUAGUCUCGUACAACAACUAUGCAAAGAUACUCAUGCAAUGGUUGGGUGACGUCACAAUUGAGCAUGUACCGAGAAAAGAGAACAAGCAAGCUGAUGCCUUAGCCGCAUUGUCUUCAACUAUUGCUCAUCCUACAGCCCGAAUACAAGUAUGUCAAAAGUGGGUAGUUCCACCUAUCUUCAAUGAAGAUGGCUCAGUAGAUGAAACUGUUGAACUCCCCACUGCUUUCGUUUAUGAUAUUGGCCAAGAUGACUGGAGACAAUCACUGAUUGACUACUUCACUGAUGGAAAGUUACCAGAGGAUCCUCGUAAGAGGGUGGAUAUAAAGCACCGAGCUCUUCGCUUCAUCUACUAUAAUGAGACGUUAUAUCGUCGUUCAUUUGAGGGAGUUUGGCUCCGAUGUCUAGGAAAAGAGGAGGCAUUACAAGCUAUGCAGGAGGCUCAUUCUAGAGUUUGUGGUGCGCAUCAAUCUGGACCUAAGUUGCACUUCCACAUUAAACGAAUGGGCUAUUAUUGUCCUACAAUGGUAAAAGAUUGCAUAGACUAUGCUCGAAGAUGCCAAGCUUGUCAAUUUCAUGCAAACUUCAUCCAUCAGCCACCAGAGCCUCUACAUCCAACAGUUGCAUCAUGGCCUUUCGAUACUUUGGGACUCGAUGUGGUUGGCCCGUUUACGCCCAAGUCAUCUGCAGGGCAUGCAUACAUAUUGGCCGCCACUGACUACUUUUCAAAGUGGACGGAAGCCGUAGCGUUAAAGGAGGUAAAAAAGGAAAAUGUUGCAGACUUCCUCCGCGUCCAUAUCAUCUAUCGAUUUGGCAUCCCGCGAUAUAUCCUAACUGAUAACGGGAAACCCUUUGACAAUAAAUUGAUGGACAAGAUCUGCAAACUUUUCAACUUUCAGCAGCGAAACUCUUCAGCUUAUUAUGCAGCUGCAAAUGGGCUUGCUGAAGCUUUUAACAAGACCCUAUGCAAUCUGUUUAAAAAAGUGGUCUCAAAAUCAAAACGUGACUAG